GUUUAAAUUACUGGAGAGAGAACUUACGUACAUCUUUCACAGUCGCACUAACCUCCCGUCUGGUCUUAAUUCUUUAGCCGCCUGAUCCCUUUUAACCAUUUUAAUCCGACUCCCAAAUAAUAAUAUUCGCCUCGUGUCAAGAACAGGAAGAAAAAAGAAAGAAAAAAAAGAAGGGGAAAAAAAAACAGCUGCCCUCAGAUCUGCUUCGGUGAGGUUCCUCAGAUCCGAUCUCCUUUCAUCAUCUAAAUCCGAUUCCCAUUCUUUUCCAAUUUCGUUGGCGUUCUGAUCUCUGGAUCUUGAAGAAGCUUGUGAUUCUAUUUUUGGUUCAGAUCUCGAGGAGGAGGAGGAGGAGGAGGAGGAGGUCUCAACAAUGGCGGGCGCCGCCGGCGGUUUCGUGACCCGCUCUUUCGAGGCGAUGCUCAAAGAGUGCGCCACCGCGAAGAAGUAUUCGGCUCUUCAGCAAUCAAUUCAAAGUUGUUUAGACAACAUGAAGAACCAAAAGCCCACUUCUGGUGAAAAGAAUCAUGUGGUAUCAUCAUCAGCAAAUGAGAGCAGAGCUGAUGGGGAAGAACCAGCAAGAGAAGGAACUGGCCCAAGUGACGCACAGGCCAUUUCAACUGAUGCAGAGGAUGCCACUACCACAAACAAUCAGAUGGAGAGUAGCAGACCUAUUACAGUUGUUUUAGCAUCAGCUGGACAAGCUCUAGAAGGCGACCAAGCUGAAGUGGUGCUACAGCCAAUCAGACUCGCAUUUGAAACAAAGAACAUAAAACUUGUAGAGCCCGCAUUGGAUUGUCUUCAUAAACUCAUUGCUUACGACCAUUUAGAAGGUGAUCCUGGUCUGGAAGGGGGCAAAAGUGAUCCAUUGUUCACGGAUAUUCUCAACAUGAUUUGUGGUUGUGUUGAUAAUUCUUCAUCCGACAGUACUAUUCUACAGGUAUUGAAAGUGCUGCUUACCGCUGUGUCAUCUACAAGGUUUAGAGUGCAUGGAGAGCCAUUGUUGGGGGUCAUAAGGGUUUGCUACAACAUCGCUCUUAACAGCAAGAGUCCUAUAAACCAGGCAACCUCUAAGGCUAUGCUGACCCAAAUGAUCAGCAUGGUGUUCAGGCGCAUGGAAUCUGAUCAGGUCCCUGUUAUAUCUUCUAGUGGUCAUGUCGACACAGAGGUCACUUCGGCUAGCUCCAUGAAUUCCGAUGAUGGAGAAAUAACAAUGGCUGAUCAAGAUGAUAAAGGAACCACUCUGGGAGAUGCUCUGUCCAUGACCCGAGGGAAGGACGCUUCUCCAGCUUCUGUGGAGGAACUCCAAAAUUUGGCUGGUGGCGCUGAUAUCAAGGGACUGGAGGCUGUUCUAGACAAGGCUGUACAUCUCGAAGAUGGAAAUAAAAUAUCACGGGGGCUUGACCUCGAGAGCAUGAGUGUUGCACAGCGUGAUGCUUUGUUACUGUUUCGCACACUUUGCAAGAUGGGUAUGAAGGAAGAGAAUGAUGAGGUUACCACAAAGACAAGGCUUUUGUCUCUGGAGCUCCUCCUGGGUCUAUUAGAAGGAGUGAGCCAAUCCUUUACCAAGAAUUUUCACUUUAUUGACUCAGUUAAAGCAUAUCUUUCUUAUGCAUUAUUGCGGGCGUCUGUUUCGUCUUCUCCAAUUGUAUUUCAGCAUGCUACUGGAAUCUUCAUAGUGCUUUUACAGAGGUUUAGGGAAAGUCUUAAGGUAUGCGAACAUGUCUUAUGUGGUCAUCAUAUCAAAAGCCCUUUGUUGGGCUAUUGGAUGAUAUGUUUGUCUGUGUGUUGUCUGCAGGGGGAAAUUGGUGUCUUUUUUCCUCUGAUAAUCUUAAGGUCAUUGGAUAGUUCUGAGAGUCCCCUUAGCCACAGGACAACAGUUUUGCGGAUGCUUGAGAAAGUGUCUAAAGAUCCACAAAUGCUUGUAGACAUAUUUGUUAACUAUGAUUGUGAUCUCAAUGCACCAAAUCUCUUUGAGCGCAUGGUUAAUUCUCUAUCAAGAAUAGCACAAGGAACUCAAAGCACAGAUCCCACCCCAACUGCUUCGGUUCAAGCUACAUCCGUUAAAGGUUCAUCUCUUCAGUGCCUGGUUAGUGUGCUGAAGUCUUUAGUUGAUUGGGAAAAGCUAAAAGGAGACUCUACAAAACAAGGGAGUGUUAUUCACUCUCUUGAAGAGGAGGCUUUGGCUAGGGAAAAAAAUGCUGCUGAUGAGUCGAAAAGCCGAGAUGUACCUAAUCAGUUUGAGAAAGCAAAAGCUCAUAAAUCUACCAUGGAAGCUGCAAUAUCAGAGUUUAACCGUAAACCGGGGAAAGGAAUUGACUAUUUGCUGUCAAAUAAGUUGGUUGAAAACAAAGCUUCUUCAGUGGCUCAAUUUCUGAAGAGUACUCCUAGUUUGGAUAAGGCUAUGAUUGGUGAAUAUCUGGGUCAGCAUGAGGAGUUUCCCCUUGCUGUCAUGCAUGCUUAUGUUGAUUCCAUGAAGUUCACAGGCCUGAAGUUUGAUGCCGCAAUCCGUGAAUUUCUCAAGGGAUUUCGGCUUCCUGGCGAAGCACAAAAAAUUGAUCGCGUCAUGGAAAAGUUUGCAGAGCGAUACUGUGCUGAUAACCCCGGACUGUUCAAUAAUGCCGAUACUGCAUAUGUUCUUGCAUAUGCAGUUAUAAUGUUGAAUACUGAUGCUCACAACCCGAUGGUGUGGCCUAAAAUGUCCAAAGCUGAUUUUGUACGUAUGAACUCUGGAAGUGAUCCAGAAGACUCUCCCCCAAAGGAGCUCCUAGAGGAGAUUUAUGAUUCUAUUGUCAGUGAGGAAAUAAAGAUGAAAGAUGAUAUAUCAGGUGUGGCUAAGAAUAGCGGGCAGAGGCCAGAAACAGAAGAGAGGGGCCGUCUUGUCAAUGUUCUUAAUUUGGCCCUUCCUAAGAGGAAGUCAGUAACAGAUACUAAGUCAGAGAGUGAACAAAUAAUUAAGCAAAUGCAGGCUUUUUUUAAGAAUCAAGGGGCAAAAAGGGGCAUUUUCUACACUGCUGAGCAGGUUGAUCUUGUUAGGCCAAUGCUUGAAGCUGUGGGAUGGCCUUUGCUUGCAACAUUUUCUGUUACUAUGGAGGAAGGUGAUAAUAAACCGAGGGUCCUUCUUUGUAUGGAAGGUUUCAAAGCCGGUAUACAUCUUACACGUGCCCUGGGAAUGGACACAAUGCGCUAUGCCUUUUUGACCUCCUUAGUGCGCUACACAUUUUUGCAUGCUCCCAAGGAUAUGCGUAGUAAAAAUGUUGAGGCAUUACGAACUCUUCUUGCGUUAGGUGAUAUUGAAACAGAUUCCUUGCAGGACACAUGGAAUGCUGUUCUUGAGUGUGUUUCUAGGCUUGAAUAUAUCACAUCAACCCCAGCCGUUGCAUCAACUGUCAUGCAGGGUUCAAAUCAAAUAUCUAGGGAUUCAGUUCUUCAGUCACUUCGCGAGUUAUCUGGGAAACCUGCUGAGCAAGUAUUUGUAAACAGUGUCAAACUGCCUAGUGAUUCAAUUGUAGAGUUCUUCACUGCUCUUUGUGGUGUUUCUGCUGAGGAACUGAAACAAACACCAGCUCGUGUUUUUAGCUUACAAAAACUUGUCGAGAUAAGCUAUUACAAUAUGGCUCGCAUCCGCCUGGUGUGGGCCAAAAUAUGGUUUGUCUUGUCUCAGCAUUUUAUCGUUGCUGGGAGUCACCAUGAUGAGAAAAUUGCUAUGUAUGCAAUUGAUUCAUUGAGGCAACUUGGUAUGAAGUACUUGGAGCGGGCUGAGCUUGCUAACUUCACUUUUCAGAAUGACAUAUUGAAGCCAUUUGUUAUUCUCAUGCGGAAUAGUCGUAGUGAGACCAUUCGCGGCCUGAUUGUCGAUUGUAUUGUUCAGAUGAUAAAAUCAAAGGUUGGUAGCAUAAAAUCUGGUUGGCGAAGUGUAUUUAUGAUCUUCACUGCAGCUGCUAAUGAUGAGCUUGAAUCUAUUGUUGAUAGUGCAUUUGAAAAUGUAGAACAGGUUAUUUUGGAACACUUCGAUCAGGUUAUUGGUGACUGCUUUAUGGACUGUGUCAAUUGUCUCAUUGGUUUUGGCAACAACAAAAGCUCUUCUCGGAUAAGUUUGAAGGCUAUUGCUCUACUCCGUAUAUGUGAAGAUCGUCUUGCAGAGGGAUUGAUACCUGGUGGAGCACUUAAGCCAGUGAAUGCUGAUCUGGACACUAACUUUGAUGUAACUGAACAUUAUUGGUUUCCCAUGUUGGCUGGUCUCUCUGAUCUGUCAUUGGAUUCUAGAUCAGAAGUUCGAAAUUGUGCACUGGAAGUGCUCUUUGACUUGCUGAACGAAAGAGGCCAUAAGUUUUCUUCAGCUUUCUGGGAGAACAUUUUCCAUCGUGUCCUUUUCCCUCUUUUUGAUCAUGUGCGGCAUGCUGGAAGGGAUGGUAUUGCAUCUUCUGGAGAUGACUGGCUACGCGAAACAAGCAUUCACUCACUUCAGUUACUAUGCAACCUUUUUAAUACUUUCUAUAAGGAGGUAUCUUUUAUGCUUCCACCACUGCUUGGUCUACUUUUGGACUGUGCCAAGAAGACAGAUCAAACUGUUGUUUCAAUCUCUCUUGGUGCUUUAGUACAUCUCAUAGAGGUUGGUGGGCACCAAUUCAAUGAAAACGAUUGGGAUACUUUACUGAAGGGCAUCAGAGAUGCCUCAUACACAACACAGCCUUUAGAACUUCUAAAUUCAUUAGGAUUUGGGAUCUUGAAGAACCAAAAAAUGCCAACAAAGUGUACAGAUACCAAUGGAAGUGACAGUCUUUCCUUUAAGGACAUUGAUCAUGUCGCAAAUAGCGGUGGAAAUUUCCUCGAUCAGGCACCUUUAGGUUCUGAUAGUGAGAUAUCUGGGAGGAACCUCAAUAAGGAAAACCUGCAGAAGGAUCAUCAGGACACCAAAGUGCAGGCUACUUUGGAGGAACCGGAAGGCUUGCCAUCUCCAUCAGGGAGCGGACAUAAGCCUGGUGAUGGUGUUACCUUCCAAAAAAGUCAAACAUUUGGGCAAAGGUUUAUGGACAACCUUUUACUUAGAAACCUUACUUCGAAAUCUAAGAGCCAUUCAGAUGAAGUCGAAGUGCCAGCUUCACCUCUUAAGAUUCCUGAUGCUGACGAGUCUACCGCUAACGAAGAUGAGGAGAACCCACUGUUAGAAACUGUGAGGGGGAAAUGUAUCACUCAACUUCUACUGUUAGGUGCCCUGAAUAGCAUACAGAUGAAAUACUGGAGCAAAUUGAAAGCUCCACAGAAGGUCACAAUAAUGGACAUUUUAUUGUCACUAUUAGAGUUUGCUGCUUCAUAUAAUUCAACUUCCAAUCUCAGAAUGCGAAUGCACCAGACACCUUCAGAAAGGCCACCAUUGAAUCUUCUGCGUCAGGAAAUAGAAGGAACGUCCAUUUAUUUGGAUAUCUUAGACAAAACUACCUCUACGAAUGACUCAAACAGUGAUGAGCACAUAAAUGUCAACGGUAGUCGGGAGACUGUAGUAUCAGAUGACUUUGCAGAAACAUCAAAUUCAGAAGAGAAGCUUAAAAUCUUAGCAGAAGAGAAAUUAGUUGCUUUCUGUGGACAGAUUCUGAAAGAGGCUUCUGACCUCCAGCCCCUUACUGGGGAGGCUGCUAGUGCAGAUAUGCAUCGGGUGCUUGACUUGCGAGCUCCAAUUGUUGUAAAGGUACUCAAAGGUAUGUGCCGGAUGGAAAGGCAGAUAUUCAAAAAACAUCUAAGGGACUUCUAUCCUUUAAUUACUAAGCUUGUCUGCUGUGAUCAGAUGGAUGUUCGUGGAGCACUUGGUGAUCUUUUCAGUACUCAACUAACCUCGCUUUUGCCAUAGCUUCAUCUUGUGUAAUUGAUGCUUUUCUUUGACCAUGAGGGUGUAUGAAGCCCAUCGUCCUAUCAGGAUAGAAGGUGAACAAGGAUGGAGAUGAACACAUAUAUUAUAUGAUGCGUUCUCCCGUCAUCAUGAAAAUGGGUUAACUGGUGCAAAAUUGAUUCGGAAAGCUUAUGCUGCUCCCGAGCUCUCAGAAUUAUCAAGUACACCCUAAGUGCAAUGAAUGGCUAUGUUCUAUGCUGUUAGAUGAGAAACAAGCUCGUAACUGACAGUUGAUUGUCUUCUUCCUUGGCUUUGGUAUCAUGUUGUUAUAUAUUAUGUCCAUUCACUUCUCAUGUAUAGAGAAGAAACAAUCUCACUUUAAUUUUUCUUUUCCCUUUGUAUUUUUUUGGAGCGAGGUUUGUAGAGUCCGCGUUUCUUCUAAUAUGAUUUAGCACCCUUCCAUAGAUCAGGGAAUGUGAGAUGAAGGUAAAACUAAUAUUAUAUGUUAUGGUCUUACUGCUUCUUUGAAGUUAUAUACACUUAACGUGAGGACUAGGAACUGCACUGUAUCUUUGAAUAAAAAUUUUCAUAUUUUGUAGGA